CACGCCCACAAUUUUGAUUGAUCCAGAGCGAGCGCGAGGAAGAAUGGACUCUGUGCAGAAAGAAUUUACGUUUUCCUUCAAAACAAAGGAAUAUUUGACAAAAUUAGCUGUACCAAUUACUAUACCUUUAAAAAUUUCAGCUGAAGAAUUCGUUGGACGGUUGACGUGUGCACACAAUCUCCCAUGUUUCGUGGAAAAGGAAUUAACACAAGAACUGGACAAAUUCAUUGCCAAGGAAACGGAAGCAUUCCACGAUGCUAAUGGUGGGGAAGCUAUCAAAGUAUUGCAGUCCAGUGGUGACGAGGAGAUAGGAAAUAUUGCAGAUAGAUGGGCAAGAGCAUUUACACAGGAAUGCGUAAGCCAUGCACCAAACACCAAACCCAAGGAUGAAGCGGUGUUUGGAGAGAUGUUCCAUACCCUGAUACACUCUCCUGCUUUAGAGACAAUCUUCAAGUUAGAACACACCUAUUCCAUGGCUGUUGAAGAUAUUGUGAAACAAAGGGAUACUGCACUACGUAAACUACAAGACAAGCAAGCGAAUGAGAUGGAAAGAGCUGUUAAGAAUCUUGAUAUAACCCAUGAUGAUCUACAUGUCAACCGUCUUGCUGCUAUUCACUUUGAAAACACUCAGAGAGAGGAGGCGAAAUGGGGCAAUGAGUUGCGCAAUCUUCAGGAUUCUCAGCGGGAGGAGUUUCAUGAAUGGAUCAAGAACCUACAUGAAGAUAUGGGGAAUGGUAUAGAAGGCCCUGUUAGUCGCAGGAUCAGAGCGUUGUCAGAGUCUAUGCCUGUUGAACCUGAAGAAAUCAUUCCUGAUCAACCAAAAAUGGAGGAAAGUUUUACUAUUCAUCUAGGUGCUCAGAUGAAGACAAUGCAUAACCUAAGGCUAAUGAGUAUAAAUGUCUUAGAUCUGUGCAGGCAUAAACCCAAUAGAGAAGGGGGAAUCUUAAUACCUCAACCACAACGACUGCAGACUGCUCUUUCAUUGUAUUCAACCAAUCUCUCUGGUGUGGUGCUUAUGGUAGAUGAUAGGAUCAGCUCUUAUACUGGCAUUAAAAGAGAUUUUGCGACAGUGUGUCAGCAAUCAACAGACUUUCACUUCCCAGACCUAGAGACACAGUUGAGGGUGAUUCAUCAGGGCGCCCUCAGGGUCAACGCGAGAAGAAAGGAACAGAAGAGAUUGAGUGGAGGAGACAGUAGUUCAAGCAGUGGAUCUGAAGGAAGCAGGCCAACGUCAUUACAUGAAGAUGGUGAACUCACAACAAACCUUAAAACAGGUGACUUCUACGUAACAAGACAUUCCAAUCUGGCCGAGUGUCAUAUCAUCUUUCAUCUGGUAUCUGACGACAGCUUACGAUCCAGCGACAUCAACUCGAGACAUCGGUGUAUCCUAGCGCUGAGGAAUAUCUUGAAGUAUGCUGUCCAGUUUGAUAUCCUCUCUAUCACCCUUCCAUUAUUCCUCAUGUAUGAGAUGUAUGAGGAAAUGACAAUACCAUGGUGUAUCAAGCGAGCUGAGUUAGUCUUGAAAUGUGUGAAAGGUUUUAUGAUGGAGAUGGCCACCUGGGGAGGCAAUGAGUCAAGAACCAUUCAGUUUGUUGUACCUAAGGGUAUAUCGGAUGAUCUGUUCUCUCAGCUGAGUUCAAUGCUUCCUCAGAUCUUCAGAAUGUCAAGGACAGUAGACCUUACUCAUACUACCACAGCAAAGAGAAAGUGAUUCAAGAGCAGUCCUUCAACUCUGUCAUCAAAACUUCUUCCCCUGUUUGUAAAUGUAUCUAGAUCGUACUUCUAUCACAACAGCCAAGAGAAAGUGAUUUAAACGCUUAUAUUGAACUCUUUCAUUGAAACUUAUGUAUGAAAUGCAGCAACCAAGAGAAAGUAAUUCAGGGUUCCCAGCCCAUCAGGGAAAAUUAUUUUACUUUUGUCCAGUCAAGGAAAAUCGGAAAUUUGAUCAGCAAAAAAGUCGAAAGCAUGGUAGUCAGUCCGACUCUUAUAUUUCGUUGUAUAUCAAGCUCUUUCAGUAUAAGGUGAGGAAAAGAUGGCUUUAUGGGGAGAAGGGAGGCCAUUACAUGCCUGUGUAAUAGUACUUACUUAGUUUUACAUUGUUUUAUACUGAAAAUACAUGUGAUUCACUGCAUUAACUUAAAAGCAUGCAAAACUGGGGAUGGGUUUAAAUAAUUACCAGGGAAUGUUUAAACUUCAUCAGGGAAUUUUGUUUUCUCGAAAAGCUGGGAACCCUGUAAUUCGAUCCUUCAAAUUUUCCUUUGAGUAUAAUGUAGGCAAACAUAGUCAAGAGAGUGAUUCAAAUUUUAGCUUGAACGUGUUUACUGAAUCUUCCCUGUAUGCCAGUAUACUUGUAUCUAGAUCUCAAAUAUACCCCUACAGCCAAGAGAAAGUAAUUUGAAUGCUUGGUUCCAACUCUGCUUGAAAAUUCCCCUUGAGUAUGUCAAUAUAUCUAUCACAACCAAAAGAAAAUGAUAAAAGGAAAACCAUUGUGACAUGCAUGCUUGGUCAGGCAUAGUUAAAAGCAUUUUCAGUUUAAUAAAGUCUUUGGGGAUGUUGCCAAAAACUCAAUCUUAAGUCUGUUUUUCCCACUGAAUUAUCAUUACUCUUGUAAUUAUCAAUUUCAAAUUUUCAAGUGAUUGAUGGUCUGAAUCUUGCAUUCAGAAUUACCUAUCAUAAAAUUUGCAAUGCAUUGCAAACCUUCAUUUCACAAGGGCUCGGGUAAUAAAGUGAGGAAAAUGACAUGACAGACUAGAAGAUGCAUUAAAUUCUUUGUAAUUCUUGCCAAAUUCAAAAACAAGAAGCCUUCUUGUACUUAUGUAUGUCGUAUUUUGUUCUUUAUGUACUCUUUAUAUUAUUUUAAAGCAGCCUCAGAUUCAUGUUACAGAUUUUUUCGGUAUUAAGAUUUAAAAGCCAUCCAUUAAUUAAUCAAUGAAUGGUUCAUUAAAAUCAAGGAAAUUAAUAUGUUAAUAGUAAUAUUAGAAAAAGAAAAUGAUCGUGAUUUCUUUUUUCAACUAGAGCUUUAGUAUUUAUUAAAAAGACAAUACUUGAGGGCAAUUAAAACUUGUAUCUUUGAGGUUAAAGUGUGUGAAUUCAUGUACAAGCACUUGCUACACUGUAGAUAAAGAGAAUAUAUGAUUGCAGAUGUAAAUAAAUGUAGAAUAUAAAG